AUGGCUCUCCAAGUGAAGAAGGAAGUGAUGAGACUGAGAGUGAAGAGGAAGGAGAAGAGAUGUGGAGCUAGUUCUCAAGAACAUGCACUUGGCCAAGCUCUUCUCUUAUCACAUGGAAUCCUACAAGGAGCUCACUUGCGAGUUCUUAGCUUCAAUGAGGUACCACAUGUACGAGAGGAAGAUAGAGCUGAUUUGGACCAAGGAUUGGGAUGGAUCACGUUCUUGGCUAAGGGAGAGAAGAGAAUGGUGACCUUUAGGCAGUUGGAGAUCUUGUUUGGGUUCAACUAUGGAGAAGGUACCAAGUGGAACUUCAAGGAGAAGGAACUCCAAAGGGUUUGGGCUACAAUCGCUGAUGGAGAGUACUCUUCCUCAAGGUCCAAGGCUGCUCAAAUCAGGAGCCCAGUGUUGAGUAUGUGCACAAGGCACUUGCCAACACCUUCUUUGCAAGGAAGGCAACCGGGACAAUCAACGAGGGGGAACUCAAGUUUCUUGACAUGGGAAUCAAGCCCAUUCUCUCACGCACAAGCGAUGGCAAGAGGAUCAGGGGAGAUAGAUCAACACAGGGAACUUGAUGCCUUUCCUUGA